AUGGGGCCUCCACCGCCUGUCCAAUCAUCACUCCACCCUUCUCGACGAGCAUCUAUGGGUCGAAACAGAAGCGUUUCCACGCUAAAUACGCUUCACAUCGAACCGAAUGUAUUGGAACGAGCGGAAGCGGCGAGCGAGGAAGCCGUCGCCAUGUUUCGAGUCACUCGAGCACGCCCUCUCCUCCUCCGGAGUAGAAUAAUCCCCAGCCCCUUGUCGGACGCGAGAAACCCCCAUCUCCGAUCCCAAAUCCUCCCCCUCUGCGUCUCCUCGGAAUCCCCCGAGCAUGACUCCGAUGUUGACGAUCUGGUCCGCGAGAUCUCCGCUCUCCUCUUCGGCGCCGGGAACUGGAAGGCCGCCAUGGCCGCCUCCGACAUCCCCCGCCGCCUUUCCCCGGCCGCCGUCUCCGCGGUCCUUCGUCAGAGAGUCGGCCGGGCGCCCGAUCCCAAGCGCCUUCUGGAUUUCUUUUACUGGUCCGGGUCGCAGAUGGUCUACCCCCACGCCCUUGAUUCCUUCGCCGUGCUCGCCGUUGCCCUCUGCGAUUCUGGCCUCUUCCCCCUCGCCAAUGGCCUCCUCGAGCGAAUGGUCAAGACCUGUCCCUCGCCGCCUUCCGUAUUGGACAACAUCGUUGGUUGCUUCUCCCGCGACCCGCGCUCCAAUUCGGCGGUGUUCAGCGUGCUGAUUGAUACGUACAAGAGGGCGGGAAUGCUCAAGGAAGCCGCUGAAGUGGCGUUGUUGAUGAAAGGCGGUGCCUUUGCUCCGAGUUUGAGGUGCUGCAAUGCGCUGCUGAAGGAUCUCUUGAGGGCUAAUUCCAUGGAUUUGUUCUGGAAGGUGCACGAUUUCAUAUCACGGGCGCAACUGGGUCACGAUGUCUACACUUUUACUAUAUUGAUCGAGGCGUAUUUUAAGGUUGGAAAUGUUGAUGCAGCAAAAAAUGUCUUCUUGGAGAUGGAGCAAAAACGUUGUGCCCCAAGUGCAGUCACUUACAACACGCUAAUCUGUGGUUUCUGCAGAGUUGGGGCUCUUGGGGAUGCUUUUCAGUUGAAGGAGGAGAUGGUGAAGAAAGGCUUGGCUGCUGAUAACUACACUUACAGUGUUCUCAUUAGUGGCUUAUGCAAGAACAGUCAGUCAAUCGAAGCAAGGAAAUUGUUGGAUGAAAUAUCGGUGAGGGGUCUAAAGCCCAAUGUAUUUAUAUACUCUUCUUUGAUUGAUGGGUUUGUGCGAGAAAGCAAAAUGGACGAGGCUUUUAAAUUGAAGGAUGAGAUGAUAGCUGCAGGAGUGCAGCCCAAUAUGUUUACAUAUAACAGUCUCAUUCGUGGGGUAUGUAAGGCAGGGGACAUAGAUAAGGCACAUGAACUUUUGGAGGAGAUGGAUCGUAUGGGUUGUAAACCAGAGACACAGACUUAUAACCUAGUUAUUGAGGGGUAUUUUAAGGUGCGUAGUCCCCAGGAGGCGCUUAGGUUGCUUGAAGAGAUGAAGAUUCGGAAUGUAUUACCUAAUUUGUAUACCUACAGCGUGAUGAUUAAUGGAUUUUGUGUUUGUGGAGAAUCGAGGCAGGCUGAGGUCUUGUUGAUGGAAAUGCAUGAAAAUGGUUUGGAACCUAAUGCUGUCAUUUAUUCCACUCUCAUUUCAGGUCAGUGCAAGGAAGGCAGAAUAAUGGAGGCAGUGCAGACUUUGGAUAAGAUGGCUGAUAUAAACGUUCCUCCAGAUACAUUUUGCUACAAUUAUCUCAUUAUGGGUCUAUGCAAGGCGGGAAAUCUUGAAGAAGCAAAGAAAUACUUUACUCAAAUGCAAGAGCGAGGGUUGUCUCCAAAUGUGUUCACAUAUGGGCCUCUCAUCGACUGGCACAGCAAGUCUGGAGAUAUGGAUGGAGCAGAUGAACUUUUGCAACUGAUGGUUGCUCGAGGUAUAAAGCCAAAUGAUGUCAUUUUAACAAUCCUUAUUGAUGGUUACUGCAAAUCAGACAAUGUUGCAAAGGCCUUCUCCACCUUUCACUCCAUGUUGGGACAUGGUGUGUUGCCAGAUGUGCAAACAUACAGUGUGCUCAUUCAGAGCCUCUCAAAGAGUGGGAAGAUCCAAGAGGCUUUCCAAGCCUUUUCAGAGCUUCAGGAGAAAGGUUUGACUCCUGAUGCAUACACUUAUGGUUCACUUAUCUUUGGGCUUUGUAAGACAGGCGACAUGGUUAAAGCUGUGACCCUCCAUGAUGAAAUGUGUGCUAGAGGUGUUGAGCCAAAUAUUGUUACUUAUAAUGCCCUAAUUGAUGGUUUUUGCAAGUCUGGUAAUAUCAACAGUGCUAAAAAAUAUUUCAAGAGCGUCUUAGCAAAGGGUUUGGUGCCGACCAGUGUGACAUACACUACAAUGAUUGAUGGAAACUGCAAGGCUGGAAACAUGUCUGAAGCAUUUGUGUUGUAUGAACAAAUGCUUUCAAGAGGAAUUUCACCUGAUAAAUUUGUUUAUAAUGUUCUUAUUAGCGGAUGUUGCAAGGCUGGUGACAUGGAAAGGGCUUUACAUUUGUUCAGUGAAGCGUUGCCAAAAGGCUUCGUGACAGUUUUUACAUUUAAUUCCUUGGUUGAUGGUUUCUGCAAGCUUGGAAAACUACAGGAAGCAACUAAAUUGCUACAAGAGAUGGUGGACAAAGAGGUUAUGCCUAAUAAUGUAACAUACACAAUCUUGAUAGAUGGAUAUGCCAAGGCAGGACAUUUGGAGGAGGCAUGCCGGUUAUUGAUGGAAAUGCAGGACAGGAAUAUCGAGCCAAACUGUGUUACCUAUACAUCGCUUAUUGAUGGGCAUAACAAAAUGGGAAACACAUCAGCUGCAUCAGCAUUGUUUGAAGAAAUGAUGGCAAAUGGUAUACAUCCUGAUGAAAUAACUUAUGGGGUGAUGAUUCAGGUACAUUGUAAAGAAGAAAACUUGGCUGAGGCAUUCAAGUUUCGUGAUGCAAUUAUUGCAGAAGGUAAACAAUUGAGUUCCGCUACAUAUGUUGAACUGUUAAAGAGUCUUUGUAGGAGUGAGAAAUUUUCUGAAGCGCUGAGUAUGCUCAAUGAAAUGAUAGAGAAAGGUGUCAAGCCCAGUUAUUCUCAGAGUGUGAUGCUAGUUUGUAGCCUUGAUGCAGCAGGAUUCUCUGAUGAAGCUAAUCAGUUUUUGAAUGUCAUGCGAUCUAACGGUUGGGUCCCUAUAGAUGCUUCUGUAAGUAGUCUGACUAAUGAAGGUCAAGAUGUGCCCAGUAUGGAAGUUGCCCGGUAG